AUGCUAAGUCCAGAACGUCGUACAUCUAUGGCAGAACGUAGACCGUCAUUUUUUGCAUUUCAACAAGCCACACCAUUACUUGUACCUCAUUUGGCAGGUAUUGAAGACCCAUUGCCAGAGGCUACUCCCGAGAAUGUUGAUGUAUUAAUAGUUGGUACUGGCAUCGUGGAGAGUGUUCUUGCUGCAGCAUUAGCAUGGCAAGGUUCCAAUGUUCUUCAUGUGGAUUCUAAUGACUACUAUGGUGAUUCUUCUGCUACUUUAACUGUUGAACAAAUUAAAAAGUGGGUAUCUCGAAUUAAUGACAAUAAGAUUCCCUGUUAUAAAAAUGCGAAGUUAUAUGCUUCAAAUGAUAUUGGUCCUACUUGUAAAUAUAAAUCAAGAAGUUUUGGUAUUGAUUUAUCCCCAAAAAUAAUGUUUGCAAAAUCUGAUCUUUUGUCUAUAUUAGUGAAAUCAAGAGUAUAUCAAUAUUUAGAAUUUCAAGCUUUAUCUACUUUUCAUACUUUUGAAAAUGAUUCAUUCGAAAAAUUAUCAAAUUCUAAGCAAGAAAUUUUUACUAAUGAUACUUUACCAUUAAUGAUAAAACGUAAUCUAAUGAAAUUUCUUAAAUUUGUUUUGAAUUGGGAAAAUCAACCAGAAAUAUGGGAGCCAUACAAGGAUAGAUCAUUAGCUGACCUUUUAGCAGAGAAGUUUAAACUGGAAAGACCUCAAGUCUUUGAAUUAAUUUUUUCUAUAGGAUUAUGUUAUAAUACUGAUGCUAAAAUCCCUGAAACGUUACAAAGAAUCCGUCGUUUUUUGAUAAGUUUUGAUGUAUACGGACCAUUCCCAGUAUUAUAUUCCAAAUAUGGUGGUGCAGGUGAAAUAUCACAAGGGUUUUGCAGGUCAGCUGCAGUUGCUGGAGCUACAUACAAAUUAAAUGAGAAAUUUGUGUCAUAUAAUCCAGAGACUAAAAUUGCCACUUUUGAAAAUGGAUCAAAAGUCAAAGUUGAAGAAAAAUUGGUACUAUCACCUAGUCAAGCCCCUGAAUAUAGUUAUAAUAUGCCAGAACAAAAAUAUGAGGUGCAUAGAUUGACUUGUAUUGUAGAGAAGGAUUGCUCUGAGUGGUUUAAUGGGAAUGAAUCUGCAGCAGUUAUUGUCUUUCCACCAAACUCAUUGAAAUCUGGUAACCAAGAGGUUGUACAAGCAAUCAUUGUUGGCUCAGGUUCUGAAUGUUGUCCAGAUGGAACGUGCAUAUGGUAUUUAUUCACUACACAGCAAGGGCCACGUGCAGAAUUGGAUCUUGAUGCAGCACUAGAGGCAAUGGAAAUCAGUAUUAUUAGAGAAUCCUCAGUCAAAAUACCCCAAGAUGAAAGUUUAGUACAAGUCUCAGAAGAUGGGCAUUCUACAAUAAAUUCAUUUAAAUUGGGUCAAUCAUUUAAAGAAUACGUGAAAAGAGAAAAGGUACAAUUUUUGUUUAAAUUAUAUUAUACACAGUGUACAAUGGUCCCUCCAUUCAAUGUAGUAGACCCUUCUUUAUUCAUGCCUUCUUCUGGAGCCUCUUCGAAGUUUAUUCCUAGUGCUUGCGACAAUAAUGUGAUAUAUACUGCUAUGCCAAGUAGUGAAAUAUCAUAUGAUGAAGUUAUCACAGCAGCUAAAGUGAUAUAUGAGCAAAUUGUGGGAAGUGAUGAUGAUUUCUUUGAUAUAGAUUUUGAAGAUGAGGAUCCAGUGACAUCUAGUAAUAGUUAUGGUACUAGCAGAGCUAUUCAAUAUGAUGAAAACGCUAUUGAGGAUGAAGAAGAAGAAGAUAUCGAUAUGGAUCAAGGUGAUAAAGAUGGAGAUAAUAGUGACGUUGUGGGCAAAUUGGAAAUAUGA